AAAACGUGGACAAAUGAGAUGUAGAUAACUCUUCUCAGUCUAAAAACUGCUAAAAAGACAGAGAAAUAACUUUUGAGUUUUCAUUGGUUUUGGAACUCUAGAUGUACGUCCCUAAGUUCUUUUCUCAUUAUCGUUCUUCAUUUUCUCCAAUUUGUGUUCCUUUUCUCUUAGUUAAAUUCUUUUCUUUUGAACUUCUCCUUUACAUUCUGUGUACCAGACAGAACAUAAUCGACACAGAUUUCAGUCUUGACCAAAUGAUCGAUGCCUUCUCUUCUAAAGGCUUGUCUAUUCAAGAUCUCGUCGUUCUCUCUGGAGCACACACGAUUGGGGCUUCGCAUUGCAACGCAUUCAAUGGAAGAUUUAAACAAGACUCAAAAGGAAGUUUCGAGCUAAUCGACGCGUCUCUCGACAAGUCAUACGCAAAGACACUAAUGAACAAAUGUUCGUCCUCAGAAUCGUCGUCAUUGACGGUGAGCAACGAUCCAGAGACAUCUUCGACAUUCGAUAAUCAGUACUAUAGGAAUCAGGAGACGCACAAGGGUUUGUUUCAAACGGAUUCUGCGCUGAUGGAGGAUGAUCGAACGAGGAAGAUGGUGGAGGCACUGAAAACAUUUCUGCUUUGUAAUUAAUUUGUCGUUGAUUAGUAUCGUAACAAUGUCUGGUUUAC